CGUGAAAACAUACCCAUUCGUUAAUUGUAUUGUGGCGGUCGAUCUGGAAACCCCUCUCCGUCCAUCGCGUACCUCUGCCACCAUCGCGCAUCGAUAAAAACAUAAAUACUGCAGUUCCGGAGUUAAUUCCAGUGCAAUUAUCAAAACAACUGUUCUCAGAAAUUUUAUUUCAAUCAUGGGGGACGAAGGAUUUGACAUGUGCGAGUAUGUAUGGAACCACGAUUCUGUACAGCGUCUCAUAUCACUCUUGCGACAAACACAGGCUUACUGCACCGAUAACGAAUGUCUCAAUUUCUCGAGGCUUCCAGGGCUCCCGCCGAAUCAGCCGGGAUCUGAUUUUUUAUUUAUGAGCAUUGCUGUGAUAACUAUGCUGUUGCUUUACGUUCUCCGACCAAAUUCAUUGAGGACUAAGUCCGAGGAGAAGGCUCAUGCCAACUCGUCUCGCCGACACGAUGAUCCGCCUGCCCCACCACCACCGGCAAUCAAUUAAUGCCUGCUUCAGAACGCAAAUCAACUACCGAAAUGAAUUCAAACCAAUUAAAAAUCAAUCCAGCUAUUUAGCAUGAAAAAAUUUUAUUGUUAGACAAUUGGUUUAAACAAAUUAGACAGAAAUAUAACUGGAUUGGUGAGUGAUAGAGGAGCGAAAAACCAUUGAAAAAAAAUCGUGAAAGCUUGCACAACAGUGAACGAUCAUUUUUCGACAGUACUAGUGCAAUGACCGCAAUAAAAAGAAUUAUUAAAUUAUUAACGUAAAUUAUUGAAAGAAAAUUAAGAAUAUGAACAUUAUAUUUACCUUUAGUGAAGAGUUAAAUUUUUCCAAGUGUCCAAAAUACUUGGUAAUUCCACAAUAAAUUUCUUAAGAUAUAUUAUUGGAUAAUGUUUAACAUCAAUCAACUAAUUGCUAAUAAUUGUAUAAAUAAAAAUAUUGAGUAAUAAAUUUUUGGUUUUUCAUACUGAA